AUGGCAGUAAGUGGACUGUUGAUGCUCCUUAUGUUGGUAUAUCUGUGGACAGGUUGUUCUUGUCUACCAGAUAAAUGUCGGAUACAGAAGCAGAGCUACAUUGGGAUACAGUGGGUUGACUGUGAUAGUCUGAACCUUACUACAAUUCCUGAUGGCAUACCGUUGAUCACAGAACGAUUUUGUGCCCUUCGCAACAACAUCGGAAACGUAACCUGCCUGCCUUCUCUACCGCGACUGCGGUAUCUCGACCUAGGUAUGAACUCCAUAGAAUCGUUUUCCUGGAUGUCUUUGCGAAAUCUGCCAGAGCUGAGGUCACUUUAUCUAAAAGAAAACCGACUACGGUACGUGCAGCUGGGCAGGGUCAUAGAACAUUUGCCGAAGCUGAAAGAUGUAAAUCUAAGUUACAACAAGCUUACAUCUCUCUCCCAGUACGACCUGGGGUGGCCACAGCUAAAUUACGCAAACAUCCUGGGAAACCCCUUUCACUGUGACUGCGACCUCUUCUGGCUGAUUGUAAAGAUGGCGUGUUUAGAAGCCUGUAAAGGAGGAAACGAGAAGGCCUGUUGUCUGUCGUGUUCAGCCUGCUUUCUUAUCGACAUUCUGAAAUAUGAUAAGAAACUUUUCUGCCGCAGUCCGAGUGAACUGAAGUAUCUCCUUUUAUCAAACGCGUCUGCCCGUCUGCAGGAGUGCAGGGAGCAGGCGGCCCCUUCAACAACCCGUCAGGGGAUUUUCGUGUGGAAACCAACGUCCCCACAGUUAGGGUUAAAUCCGACCACGAAUGCGAAGCCACGCGUCGGCCAGACACAGACCAUGGUGACCACCAUACUGCACGGCACUGCCCGCUAUGACACUAGACCCACACCAACCCAAAAGAGGAGAGUUGUGUCAGAGUUCAACCAAAUCAACCAACAAACCAACCAGUCAAUCAACAAACAUUUCCCACAAGCCGGUGGUCAGGCUUCGCCGGUGGUUGGGCCGGGGACAUCCGCUGGGCAGGCCACGCUGAUGGAGGACGGCCCCUCCUGCCGGUGGUGGGGAGGGCGUCAGCCGGCCAGUGGUCGGGCCGGGGAGCUUGCAAGCCAAUGGUCGGGCCGGGGCAUCUCAGGUCGCGGUGGUGGGUGA